AUGGCUUCCACCGUGGUCGCCUGGGAUCCCUAUGAUGACUAUCUCGACGCUCGUUCACUCGACUUCUACGACACCUAUGACGCCCGCGGGUUCUACGACGACGACUUCGUCCUCUCCGCUCGUGACCUCGCCCGGCUCGACAUCCGUGCCUCCGACAUCUCCCAUGUCCUAGUCAUCCGCGCCGACCCCAACGCCGCCGCCGAAUGCAAGAAAUUCACUGACGCGUACAACGCGACAAAAAAGGACUAUGAUUCGUGGAACAAGAAGUACAAGGACGCGAGGAAGAAGAAGGAUAAGGAGGGGGAGAAGAAGGCGAAGGAGAAGAUGGAUGAGUUGAGGGAGUAUGUGGAGUAUAAUAGGGAGGAGAUGGAGAUUUGGUGUGCGAAGGCAAAUAAUCCUGGAAGUCCGAUGGCUAAGAAGAGGAGCCCCAGUCCGCCCAGGAAGAGGAAGUAG